CAUAAGUACAAAAAAAGGAUACAUUUACAUAAAUAUAGAAAGAAAAUAGAAGUGAAAAGUAUUUGCGUUUUUUUUCCACAAUACAUAAACACAUUGGUUUGGUGACAACAAGCUCCGUAAAGCCGCUAAUAAAAUGAAUCAAAGUCUGCAUAAAUGGUUAUUAAUUAGCGAUAGCGAGAAAGCUGUUUAAAUGGAGCUAGAAUGUUGAGUUUUCCUACAGAGGGACUCGUUAUUCAAUGUAAAAGUUCAGCUCUUCGUUUCCUACUACGUUUUAAUGUAUUUUUAAAAACGCAAGUUCCAAUAAGUUUCAGAACUAGUCAGUCAUUGUAAAUUUUCAUUUUCUCGCUUCCUCGCUAACCCCCGUCGAACGCAGGCAUAACUCGAUCGUUUAUUUGCUUUAAAAAUCAAGAGCAACCGGCGUUAUGGGUAAUAAGAAUUCUUGCUGUGCUUAUGCGAGUCCUCAAUCGGAUCGCAAAUCGAAAGAAAUUCCACCCGUAUACGAAGAACGUCAUCACGUGCAUCAUCAUACCCAUCAUCAUCAAGGUACAACACAUCAACAUGAAUUGGAUGGACAUAUAGCUUCCACAGCGGCCAUACAUCAUAGUGCAGAAAAUUUCGAUAAUCCACAAACAUUGCAACACAUUUCGGAGCGUGAAGCUCUCGAGGGCGAUGAGGAUCCUUCAGUUGAUCCUACAGCGGCUACCAUGUUUCUGGAGCGCUCUAAAGUGGAAAAUGGCGGUAUUACACGUAAACGGUCGCAGCAUCAAAUAUCUCAACAAAAUUCAAGUGGAGGACUUAAAAAAAGUUCUUCUUGUUCGACUAUAUAUUUAGACGAUAGCACAGUGUCGCAACCAAAUUUAAAGAAUACAGUAAAAUGUGUAUCGUUGGCCAUUUAUUAUCACAUUAAAAAUCGUCAAUCAGAUCGCCGUUUAAAAAUAUUCGAUGAGAAAUUGCACCCGCUUAGCCAUGACCCAGUACCCGACGACUACGAUACGCACAAUCCCGAGCACAGACAAAUUUACAAAUUUGUACGCACUCUCUUCAAUGCAGCCCAACUGACGGCCGAAUGUGCCAUCGUAACACUAGUCUAUUUGGAACGUUUGCUUACCUAUGCCGAAUUGGACGUGGCGCCUUGCAAUUGGAAACGAAUGGUUUUAGGGGCCAUUUUAUUGGCUUCCAAAGUAUGGGAUGACCAAGCCGUUUGGAAUGUUGACUACUGCCAGAUUUUAAAAGACAUUACUGUUGAAGAUAUGAACGAGUUGGAACGUCAAUUUCUUGAGUUGUUGCAAUUCAAUAUAAAUGUACCGUUUUCGGUGUUUGCCAAGUAUUAUUUCGAUUUACGUACACUGGCCGAAGCCAAUGACUUAUCCUUCCCUACGGAACCGUUGUCUAAAGAUCGUGCACAAAAAUUGGAAGCCAUGUCACGCGUUAUGCAAGACAAAGUGACUGCGGAGGCUUUAAAAAAUGGCAUCAAAAAAUGGUCUUCGAUGGAUAACAUUAGUCAAGGUGGUCCUAGACGUAGUGUAGCCAUUCUAUCGUGAUUUUUAUUAGUUUAUUAAGUCAAAUGUUUCUAGAUAUACGAUAAAAAGUUUUUUGUUUUAACAAUGAUUAAAAAAAAGAAAAGGAACAAAUUGCCAAACUUCAUUAAACGGGCCACACAUUCACACACAACACACAUACACUUAUUCAUGCAUAUAAAAAAAUAUGUAGCGCUUUUGCUUAGCAAAGAGCUUUUUAUGCAAAAAUUUUACUACUACUAUUAUUUAUUUUGAAAAAAAAAGUAAAACAAAUUAAAAUUAA